CCGUAAGGUCUCGUGUUUAGCCAAUCAGAGUCGCGGAGGGGCGGGUUUACAAACGUUCUCUUUUGGCGUGAAGUUCCAUUCAUGAAUGUGUCAUGAUCCAACCAUAUGGUACCGCCGGAGAGGGGAGACGAGUACGCGGACAAAAUAUCCAAGAAACUGUCCAAUGUGAAGACAAUUAUCUAAAAAAUGAAGAAAGAAAUUGCAGUUGUAAUAUUUUUUCUAAAAGCUUAUCUAAAGAAAAGCAGUCAUGAUUCAGAGAAGAUUGACCUUUUCGUUGAGAGACUGGCUGUCGCACUCCAUGAUAAAUUCAAGGGGCACUGGUAUCCUGACAAUCCCAGCAAAGGCCAGGCAUACAGGUGUAUACGACUUAAUAAAUUUUACACACAGGACCCAGAGAUUCUUCGAGCUUGUCAGGAAAGUGGGAUUGAGUACAAGGAUCUUAAACUGCCAGAUGAGCUAACAUUAUGGGUGGAUCCUGGCGAAGUUUGUUGCAGAUAUGAGGAGUACAGGCACUUCUUCCCUUUGGCUACAUUGUCCAAAGAUGAGGAUGAAAAAGAACUUGCAAAGAAGGUGACCAAAGCCCUGGAGAGAGUAACGUCAGACUACCACUCUGGUUCUUCUUCUGAUGAGGAGACUUCACGAAAAUCCACUUUUACGAUACCAAACCGCUACUUUAAUCCCAAGGCAAAUAAUUCGGCUCACUAUCAUUCCCAAAGGAUGGAAAGAGGAAGUGGUAACAUGUUUCCAAAGCCACCCCACAUGUCAAGACCUCGUCACAGACCCGCGCCAAGCCACUGGAUGAGACAAUAUAUGUGGGCCAACGCUGCACAGAGUCAACACCAUCAUGGAAACUGGAGAGCUCCACCGAUCUUUCAUCAGUACUACUAAAAAGUACUGGCGACAGUCAUUCACAUUGGACAUUAAACCUUGAAAACUCUAAAAUGACUGACCAAUGUUUUUAUAACUAGGUUUUUAUACUAAUAUUUUAUAACAGUUUUUUGCACUUUAGACAAUUUGUUAGAGUUUGCAAAAUCACUUUUAUAGGAGGGUAAGAUUUUAGUCCUACAUAUGGAGCCAAGACGUACUGUAUUUUUACAAUUGUGAAUUUUAUUGUACCACUUUGUCCUAUGAGCUAAUAUUUUAUUUAUUCGUUGUGUAGAUCUCAAGGCUUAAAGUUAAGAAGUUUUCUAGAAAAGAAUUCCCUGGCAUCAUGAUUGUCUAGAAAGUACUGAUUCUGUACAUUUAGAUCUGUCUGCUGUCUACUUAAUGGAAUUAAUGAAGUCAAUAUUUAAAGAUUUGUAUUUCUGUAUUGUUGAUGUGGCAUAUAUUUUGUUUCCACUGGUGCUCUAUCAAUCUAUGUGUUACAUGAAACUAUUUUAGCACAAUCAGUAUUCAGCCAGAUCAGUAAAAUCUGCUGUUUGAACUGCUUUGUAUUUUGUAUUUAAUGUUUAUUGAUAUUUUAUGUGGUAGACUGUAGAUAUAUGUAGGAAGAUUCCACAAUCAGUCAACCCUUUUGUCAUAGAUAACCAUUAACCUGAUGUAGAUUUAAGAACUAUAUCAACUAUGUGUCCUAUUUUAAACUUAGUUUAACCCUAAUUAAUACGUACACAAUAAAAACUUGUGGAAUUCUG